ACCUGAUCUUUGGAGCACAACAGCCAGUAGAAUCUAGGAGGUUACUUGGGCUUUCUUGUGCCGCUCUGCCACCUCUAACAAGUCCCAAGCAGUGGCAAAGCCAGGUUUUCUCGCUGUGGUUGAUGUUUUAAUCCUUCUUCAAAACCUUUACUUUGGUGAAGUGCCUCUAGUCUGAACAAAGACAUGGUCCAUUUCAGCUGCAGCUUGGUGGUCUGGAUUUUUCUCCUUCAUGGGUGCAUCACAGAUAAUUCCAAAGAAAGAACAUCUGAAUCAGAAGACAUCAGAAACUGUACAUCCAUCCCUCCGUACUUGCCUCCCACGGCCACCAACACGAGUGAACGGCUGAGUGCUCUGCGGCUGCACAUGCAAUCUCACAACCUCUCUGCCUACAUCAUCCCUACCACAGAUGCGCACAUGAGUGAAUACGUCACAGAACGAGACAAAAGGCUUUCCUGGAUGACAGGCUUCACAGGAUCAGCAGGGACCGGUGUGGUCACUUUGCAGAAAGCAGCCCUCUUCACAGACAGCCGCUACUGGACCCAAGCCACGCGCCAAAUGGAUUGCAACUGGGAGCUGCAGAAAUCAGCCUGGCUUCACUCUAUUGGGGAGUGGAUUCUUAAGGAAGUUUCAGCUGGAGAGAGAAUUGGAUUGGACCCCUUCCUCUUUUCUAUUGCUUACUGGAACAGCUACAGCCAGGUCCUGGAGGGUUCAAAUAGAAGCAUCGUUCCUUUAGAGGACAACUUAGUAGACCAAGUAUGGGGUGCACAGAGGCCUCUUCCACCUACCAGCAUGAUCUAUCAACUCUUGGACACCUUCACUGGGAGCACUUGGCAAGAGAAGGUUACUGAUAUCCGGACCCAGAUGGAGAAUCAUAGCAAGAAGCCCACAGCUGUCUUGCUCUCUGGUCUUGAGGAAACGGCCUGGCUCUUCAAUCUUCGGGGAGAUGACAUUCCUUACACACCCGUCUUCUACGCUUACACACUUCUCACCAACACAAAUAUCAGUCUGUUUGUGGGCCAGAGUCGGCUGAGCCGAGAGGCAUCCAACUCCCUGGCUUCUCAGUGCCCAGGGGCCCUGUGCGUGAGGGUGGAGGACUAUGGGCAAGCAAGUGCCAGUCUGAGAAAGUAUGCCCAGCAGGACAAUGUUCGAAUCUGGAUCGGAACAGAAUACACCAACUUGGGGCUCUACCAAGAAAUCCCUGUGGAAAAGCUCUUGGCAGAGGCUUACUCUCCUGUCAUGAUCACCAAGGCAGCCAAGAACUCCAAGGAGCAAGAGAUGCUGCGAGCCGCCCAUGUACGAGAUGCCGUCGCUGUGAUCCGGUACUUGGUCUGGCUAGAAAAGAAUGUGCCCACUGGUUCUGUGGAUGAAAUCUCCGGCGCACGUUACGUGGACCAGUUGCGUAGGGAAGAAGCGUACUGCCAGGGUCCCAGCUUUGAAACUAUCUCCGCCAGUGGCCUGAAUGCAGCUCUAGCCCAUUACAGUCCAUCCAACGCUACCAGCAGAAAGCUGUCUGUGGAUGAGAUGUACCUGUUGGACUCUGGCGGCCAAUACUUCGACGGAACCACAGACAUAACCCGGACUGUCCACUGGGGGGAGCCCACAGAUUUCCAGAAGGAAGCCUACACACGGGUGCUGAUGGGGAACAUUGACCUGUCCAGGCUCAUCUUUCCACCCCAAACUUCAGGGAGAGUAGUGGAGGCCCUCGCUCGCCGAGCCUUAUGGGAAGCUGGACUCAACUAUGGCCACGGCACCGGCCAUGGCAUUGGCAACUUCUUGUCUGUCCAUGAGUGGCCUGUGGGCUUCCAAACCAACAACUUGCCCUUGAGAGAAGGCAUGUUCACCUCCAUCGAGCCAGGUUAUUACAAGGAUGGUGAGUUUGGGAUCCGCCUUGAGGACGUCGCACUUGUGGUGAAAGCAAAGACCAAGUACGGUGUGACUGAAGAACCCUACCUGACUUUUGAGACAGUGUCGCUGGUGCCGUACGACCGGAACCUCAUCGAUGUGAACCUCCUGUCUCAGGAGCAGAUCCAGUACAUCAACAGGUACUAUGAGGCUAUCCGUCAGCGCAUUGGCCCUGAGCUACAGCGACACAACCUGGAUGAGGAGUACCUGUGGCUGCAGAAGAACACGCAGCCUCUUUCCUGUACCUUCCUGCUGACAGCAUCCCUGAGUACCUUGGCUAUCAGCAGCCUGGCUUCUACGGUCCUGCCUGGGGCCUAGGACUGGGUCUGGGUAUUUUCCUGCCUCUCACUGCUGAUCCUCCUCAGUCCUUAAUCUGCAGGCCCCCACUGAGAGCCAGGGUGGUGUAGUGGUUAGAGUGUUGGACUGGGGUUCGAAUCUCUGCUUGACCAUGAAGCUCACUAAGUGACCUUGGGCCAGUCACUGCCUCUCAGUCUAACUACCCUUGCAGGGUUGUUGUAAGGAUUAAAUGAGGAGAGGGAGAACCAUGUAUGCCACCUUGAGUUCCUUGCAGAAAAGAUGGGAUGUAAAUGCAAUAAAUAAAUAAAUUAGGCCCUUUAAAAACAAACAAA